GCUGCACUUAGUAAAAAAGCGGAGAUAAAAGCAAAUUUCGUCAAAAUGAGGAAAACCGACACACAAAUGAACGUAGCUGGUAUACGUCGCAACAUCAAGAACAUCGCCCACAACUAUUCCGAUGCGCAGGUGAAAGUACGGGAAGCCACCUCGAACGAUCCAUGGGGCCCAUCGUCCACGAUCAUGGCGGAAAUCGCCGACCUCACGUAUAACGUGGUGGCCUUUUCCGAAAUCAUGCAGAUGAUCUGGAAGCGCAUGAAUGAUCACGGCAAAAACUGGCGUCAUGUGUACAAGGCACUGCUUCUGCUGGAGUACCUCAUCAAAACGGGUACGGAAAAGGUGGCCCAACAGUGUAAGGAAAACAUCUACGCCAUCCAAACACUGAAGGAGUUCCAGUACAUGGAAGAGGGUAAGGAUCAGGGCAUGCAUGUGCGGGAGAAAGCCAAACAGCUCGUUUCGCUGCUAAAGGACGACGAGCGGCUCAAGAAUGAGCGGGCACGUGCGUUGAAGGCAAAGGAACGCUUUGCCCGAACGGCCAGUGGAUUCGGUAGCGAUGGUUCGAUCGAUGGCCCAACACAGCGUGACCCAAGGCCACCAAACUGGGGCGAAGGUGAACCGAUUGCGGGUGCCGCAACGAGCGGUGUUGGUAAGCCCGUAUCGGAGAUUGAAUUCGUACGACCGCAAACGGUGGGCGAAGAAGAGUUACAGCUGCAGCUGGCAAUGGCCAUGUCUCGGGAGGAGGCCGAACAGGAGGAGCAAAAGCGUCGCAGCGACGAUGUUCGGUUACAGUUGGCACUCAGUCAAAGCGAGCAGGACUUCAAGAAAGAGCAUGAUCCCAAGGCACCGCAGGAAGGUAGUAGUGCACUGGUAGACUUGCUGGACAUUUCAUUCGGUGCGGCCUCGAUUAGCAGUCCGUCGCAACAACCGCUUGCCGGACCUUCCGGUACUGGGGCACCGAUAGAUCCGUGGGGAAUGCCCGUUGCAGGCGGAUCACGACCGACGACAUCGGAUCCUUGGUCGAGAACUUCAUCCCCACCGGCAGUAGUGGAUCCGUGGUUAAAUACAGCAUCCGCUUUACCUACGGCUGGACCAUCCACCUCGAAACCACCGUUGCUGGGAGCGGACGCUUGGCAACCACGCACUCAAUCGCCCUCGGUCACGUCCGGAUCGUCGGUUGAGGGAUGGUUGCAAAACGGUGCAAGUGCUGGUGCUGCCGCUGGUUCGAUGAUGAUGAACGGGGCCGGAGCUACGAACGGGAACCUCGAUCCUUGGUACAGUAAAACGAAUGCUGUUCCUCUCGGUGUUACUGCGCCUCCUCAGGCAACGGCAGCCGAUCCAUGGCAGGCAAAUAAACGGUCAACGCCCGUGCCUACUGCUGGUUCUGCCGGUGGUGACCCAUGGCAAUCGAAUGCAUCCGCUGCUAAACUCGAUCCUUGGGCUCCGGUUAGUAACAAUUCUGCCACUGGAAGUGUCGGCGAUCUUGAAGCUACGUUCGGUGGUGGUAAUGGACCUCUAAUGAAUCGACCUUCGCCCGUCGGUGCGAUCACAUCGCCCGUGUCUGACCUGGAUGAGUUUGACAUAAUUACCAAGCGGGCGGCCAGCAACAACAGUAGCAGCAGCACCAACAAUAAUAAUAAUCAUAAUGCCGCUAGCAACAAUCUGAAUAAUAACAGCUCACUGCUUUUGGGCGAUCUAGACCCGCUGUCAUCCUCCAGCUCGCCUAGUAUGGGUGCGACAACGACCGCGAAGAAGACGCCCCAAUCGUUCCUCGGUGAAAACUCGGCACUCGUAAAUCUGGACAAUCUAAUCAAACCGAUGCCGAGUGGUGGCGGUGUGGCUGCAUCAGCUACAUCGUCUGCAGCAUACAAUCCCUUCGGAGAUACUGGUGGGGCCGGUGGUGCACCCGUCCAGAAGAACCUAUUUCAGCAAAAUCAACCUCAGGUUCCGUCCAUCAAUCAGUUGAAACAGUCCCCGUUUCCAGUAACACUUAAUCAGGAUCCUUGGGCACCGGUAGGAAAUAUGACCACCGCGCAACAACCUGAUGAGGAUGAAACGGAAUGCUUUCCGUACCCACCGGUUGAUGUGAACGCAAACAGCGACUAUCAACAGCAACAGGAAUGGCCAGCUUCAACACCAACCAACAGAAUCUCCACAGCAGGAACAGAACAUAUUGACUGUCGUCUGAGUGGUGAUACAGGCGUCACGAUCGAGGAUGAUAUUUUCAACACCAGCUACUCAAUGCUUCCAUCUUCGGCGUCCACGGCGUCUGGUAACAUUGAACGGCAUCAUCUGACCGCAGCACAGCUGGACAGUACGCGUCCGCUGCGUCAGUUGUACGAUUUUCAUUUCGCCGUGGACGAAGAUGCUCUCGAUGUAGUUAACUCUGGGAUGAUGGCAGGUGGUGGUGCGGCUUUUGCAACUACUGACGCAAUGAACCAUAACGAUAACCGGCUGGGUGCUAAUACAACUUUUACAGACACAUGCCACACUAACAACAACUAUCAAACCAACCUAAAUAAUAACAACACUGCGCCGUGGAUGAAUCCUCAAUCGUCGAAUCCAUUCCUUUCGUAA